UUCGGUAAAGAAUGCACGUUGUGAAAAUCUAGUUCGGUGGCAAUUGUAGUGAAAUGUGAAAUUAUUUCAACAACUUUUUAUAAUAAUUUCUGUAGGGAUUUUAUUAUCAACAGCCAAGUUUCCACCAGCACCAUUGUCGUGUUUUAGAGUUGAGAUACUUGAAUAACACUUUCCUAAAACACAAUGGGUUUCGUUAAAGUUGUCAAGAAUAAACAAUACUUCAAGAGAUACCAAGUCAAAUUCAAGAGGCGUCGUGAAGGUAAAACCGAUUAUUACGCUCGUAAACGCUUGGUCGUUCAAGACAAGAAUAAAUACGCUACUCCGAAAUACCGUUUAAUCGUCCGUUUCUCAAAUACCAACAUUACUUGUCAGAUCGCGUACUCGCGUAUCGUUGGUGACAUUGUCGUUUGUGCCGCGUACAGUAACGAACUCCCAAACUACGGUAUCAAAGUUGGUCUUACCAAUUAUGCUGCUGCGUACUGUACCGGUCUUUUGGUAGCCCGUAGAUUGUUGAAAAAAAUCGGAUUAGAUCGUUUGUACGAAGGAUGCACGGAAGUAACCGCCGAACAAUUCGAGGUUGAAGCCGUAGAAGGUGGUCCCAACGCUUUCCGUUGCAAUUUGGAUGUCGGUUUAACCAGAACCAGUACCGGAGCUCGUGUUUUCGGAGCUAUGAAAGGCGCUGUCGACGGCGGACUUAAUAUCCCACACAGCGUAAAACGUUUCCCGGGAUAUAGCGCCGAAGCGAAAUCUUACGACGCUGAAGUUCACCGUAAACACAUCUUCGGUGGUCACGUUGCUGAUUACAUGCGUCAGUUGCAAGAAGACGACGAAGAGGCGUAUCAGAAACAAUUUUCCAAGUACAUCAAGCUCGGAAUUACCGCCGAUGACUUGGAACAACUGUACACGAAAGCUCACGAAGCCAUUCGCGCUGAUCCACUUCGCAAACCAUCCGAAAAGGACAAGACUAAGAUCGUGAAGAAGAGAUGGAAUGCUGCUAAAUUGACUCUUGAAGAACGCAAACAGAAUAUCGCCGAUAGAAAAGAAGCGUUUUUGGCUGAAUUGAAUAAACAAGCUGAGGCAUAACGUUGUUAUCCCAUAAAUUAAACUUUUCACUUUGUCGA